ACAACCAUGGAUCAUCUACUGCCGUCCACAAAAAACAAACUAUAGGAAGUUACAGGCAUUCAAAUACAAAUAUCUGAAAAGCUUCCCUAUUCAAACUGACAACUGAGUGUCGUUUUAUUAUAUAUUUUUUUAGAUUGAAGCAUAAUAUAUUCUUUUAUGCGAUAUUUUUAUUAACAAACAUUACAGUAUGCGAUGGUGUGAGUCGGGGCUCCAUGGAUGACAGGCGAUGCUUAGCGAAACGGACCUGAGAACAGACCUGGGCAAAGAUACCUCAGACUCGGCUGCCCCGAGCCCCCCCUGUACGGCUAGUUCCUUAUUUAAGACCCGAACUAGCAGUUGUGAAAUCAGACUGACGACAUUGUUCCCCAGUAAAAGGAUACAUAAUAACAUUUACUAAGCAGCAGAACCGAGGUACCGGGAUCCUGUGGGUCUAUAUUUGAUUCCCGGAGAAGAGGGGGGUUCCAGGAGUCGUGCAGCGCUGCUUGUUGAAUUUUCCAGACGGUAAAAGCAUAGAAGCAGGAAUGCACGACGCGUUCGAGUCGGUGCCGAUCCUGGAGAAGCUGCCACUGCAGAUCGACUGCAUGGCGGCCUGGGAGGACUGGCUUCUUGUCGGGACCAAACCAGGACAUCUUCUUCUCUAUAGAAUUAAAAAAGAUCCAAGUAGUAACAGGUUUGAAGUGACACUGGAAAAAUCCAACAAAAAUUUCUCCAAGAAAAUUCAGCAGCUGUACGUGGUGUCCCAGUUUAAAAUCCUUGUCAGUCUGCUAGAAAACAAUAUCCACGUCCACGACCUUCUGACUUUCCAGCAGAUCACUGUUAUCUCCAAGGCUAGAGGAGCCACUCUGUUUGCAUGUGACCUCCAGCACUCCAGUCCAGGAGAGGCGAAGCUGAGGAUGUGUGUUGCUGUGAAGAAGAAGCUGCAGCUCUAUUACUGGAAGGACAGAGAGUUCCAUGAACUCCAGGGGGAUUUCGCAGCCCCGGACAUCCCCAAAUCCAUGGCCUGGUGUGAGAACUCCAUCUGUGUGGGGUUCAAACGGGACUACUACCUCAUUUGGAUGGAUGGGCGGGGCUCUAUCAAGGAGCUGUUCCCCACAGGGAAGCAGCUGGAGCCCCUGGUUGCCCCACUGGCUGAUGGGAAGGUGGCAGUUGGGCAGGAUGACCUGACAGUAGUGCUCAAUGAAGAAGGAGUCUGCACUCAGAAAUGUGCCCUGAACUGGACUGAUAUCCCCAUUGCAAUGGAGCACCAGCCCCCGUAUAUAAUUGCAGUGCUGCCUCGCUACGUUGAGAUCCGCACCUUUGAGCCUCGGUUACUUGUGCAGAGUGUGGAGCUGCAGAGACCUCGCUUCAUCUCUUCUGCGGGCCCCAACAUAGUUUACGUCGCCAGUAACCACUUUGUGUGGCGACUGGUUCCUGUCUCUAUAGCGACACAGAUCCGGCAGCUUCUUCAGGAUAAGCAGUUUGAAUUGGCUCUACAGCUGGCAAAGAUGAAGGACGAUUCCGAUGGAGACAAGAGGCAGCAAAUCCACCACAUCCAGAACUUGUAUGCCUUCAACCUGUUCUGUCAGAAACGCUUCGACGACUCCAUGCAGGUCUUCUCCAAGCUGGGCACAGAUCCCACUCACGUGAUUGGGCUGUACCCAGACCUGCUGCCUUCCGACUACAGGAAGCAGCUGCACUACCCUAACCCCGUGCCCAGCCUGUCGGGCGCAGAACUGGAGAAGGCACACCUGGCACUCAUAGACUACCUGACCCAGAAACGAAGUCACCUGGUGAAGAAGCUGAAUGAUGCGGACCCCUCGCCUACCUCUCCUCUCAUGGAGGGGAUUCCCACCAUCAAGUCCCGCAAGAAACUCCUGCAGAUCAUUGACACCACACUGCUUAAGUGCUAUCUGCAUACCAACGUAGCCCUGGUGGCGCCCCUGCUGCGCCUGGAGAACAACCACUGCCACAUCGAGGAGAGCGAGUACGUGCUGAAGAAGGCUCACAAGUACAGCGAGCUCAUCAUCCUGUAUGAUAAGAAGGGGCUGCAUGAGAAAGGUUUGCAGGUGCUGCUGGAUCAGUCCACGAAAGCUAACUCCCCCCUCAAGGGCCACGAGAGGACGGUGCAGUACCUCCAGAGACUAGGGACGGAGAACUUGGGAAUCAUUUUUGAGUUCGCUCCCUGGGUGCUGAAAAUAUGUCCUGAAGAUGGACUGAAGAUCUUCACUGAAGACCUCACGGAGGUGGAGACUCUGCCGAGAAAGGAGGUCCUGUUCUUCCUCAAGGAGGGUUUCAAGGAGCUGGCCAUCCCAUACCUGGAGCACAUUAUUCUGGUGUGGGAUGAGGUGGGACCCGAGUUCCAUAACUGCCUGAUCCAGCUGUAUCUGGAGCGAGUCCAGGUGCUGAUGAAGGAGUACCUGAACUCGCUGCCCGAGGAUGAGAGCCCAGUGGCUGCCGGGAAUGAGGAGGGGGAGCUUGGGGAAUUCCGGAACAAACUACUGAACUUCCUGGAGAUUUCCAGUAACUACGAACCAGACCGUCUCAUCAGCGACUUCCCCUUCGACGGGCUGCUGGAGGAGCGUGCCGUGCUGCUGGGCCGGAUGGGGAAACACGAGCAGGCCCUCUUCAUCUACGUGCACAUCCUGGAGAACAUCAGAAUGGCUGAGGAAUACUGCCACAGACAUUAUGACAGGCUCACCGAUGGAAAUAAAGAUGUGUAUCUGUCUCUGCUGCGGAUGUAUCUUUCCCCCCCAGACGUUCACUGCCUGGGGCCAAUAAAAAUGGAGCUGUCUGAACCGCAGGCCAAUCUACAGGCAGCGCUGCAGGUCCUGGAGCUUCAUCACAGCAAACUGAACACCACCAAGGCGAUUAACCUCCUUCCUGCUAACACCCAAAUCCGGGAGAUCCGCGUUUUUCUCGAGAGCGUUCUGGAGGAGAAUGCCAAGAAGAGGAGAUUCAACCAAGUUCUCAAGAGCCUGCUGCAAGCGGAGUUUCUCAGGGUUCAGGAGGAGAUGAUUUUCCACCAGCAGGUGAAGUGCAUCAUCACAGAGGAGAAGACGUGUCGUGUGUGCAAGAAGAAGAUUGGAAACAGUGCGUUUGCCAGGUACCCGAACAGUGUGGUGGUUCAUUAUUUCUGCUGCAAGGACCGCAGUGCCUGCCCAACGGAGCUGUGAGCUACACCCAGCCAUGAAACUCACUGCCUGGGCGACUCAGAACCAUGGAGUAAAGGGAAACUAGCCUGCUCUGAUGGGGAAAUCAGCAGUGCCUUUAAGAGCCCGGAGAUUGUAGACAGGACAGUGGGACUCCAGUGGACUGGGUGGAUCAGUAGGUAAGGUGGGGUUGGUGGGUUAUCGGGGUCCUAGUCAAGGCUUUAAAAUCUCUCUCAGCAUUUGGUCCCCUUAUUGUGCUGAAGAUUUUUUGUAUUUAUUUAUUAAGGGCUAUUCACCCCACAAUAGAUUUACAAAAGGUGAACUGUAUCACUUCUAUAGUCUAGUCCACAGGCUUCUAUAAAAAUGGCCUUGUCUUUGAAGUGACUGUAAAUAUUGCGGGAUUGCUAAGAGGAAACAUUACACUGCUGCCUGACUAAUGCCUCUGAUCUCUAUAGAAAAACGCACAUUUUCUGGAUCAAUCAAUCAGUUUGUUGGUUUGACCACUGAUAUGGUACUAGGAAGCAGCAGUUUACAUCUUUAAAUCUGUAUUGAUCUUUAGCACAAUGGUAAGGGGGCCAUUGGAAGUGUUUCCAGUGCUAACAGGCAUUGGGUUUUUACAACAGCUGUGGUUAUCACUCCAUUUUUGGCAGUCUUGAAAUGGCUAGAGGGCACAAAUACACAGUCACGCUUUUUCUUGUUCCUCUUAAAAGACAAAAGAAAACAACUUGGACGUUGGAUAAGAAGUUAAAGCUUCAUAUUGUCAAACUCAUUUGUAAUCUCUAGGUUAUGUAUGUCAGAAAGUUGCCAAUUUGUUAUGUACAGGGUGAUUAAAAAAACAACACCCCAUAGGCACCGUGGAGGACAGAGAUGUAUAAUCAGGUGGUUUCACAGACCCCGAUUCGCUGUAUUCAGUGUUACUCUAAGUAAGGAAGUUCAGGAGUAGUGCUAAUCGGAUCUAUGAAACCAGCUGGAAGUGUUGAUCACAGGUUUUGACCCGGCUGGAUGCUUCAUGGGAGGCCUAUGCUGCAUUAAGAGCACUGCCCGUGAAUACUAAUUCCACAGAAUCUUCAGCUCCUUAUAUAUUACUGUCCGUCAUCACUGUCUAUUUGUAUCCCUGAAACCAAGCACCCUGUAGAAAUACAGAAGGAACUUUCUGGAGGUUUUCAGCUGUUUUUAGGCAAACCUCCAUUGUAUCCUCCCAAGACAAGUGGUUCUUUUGAUAUCUUGUGCAGUGCCUCGGAAAUGAAAGAUGUGGCCAUUCAUAACGCCCUCUAGUCCAAAAACUAGAACAAUAAUAUAUAAAUGUGUAUCUCCUUCUGGCAGGUGUGAUGCAGACAGAACGCGAGGGGUUUGUACAGAGGUGUAUGUAAUAUAGUCAACAUUCUGGGAAGAUUGUAAAGAGUUCUUUAUAACUACUGUAUGUAUUCAAUGUGUGUAAAUGUCUUUAUUGAUGAUUAACAUAACUACUUCUCACAGAGCAACUGAAUAAAGUGGUGUUGGUGAAAAGAUCA